AUGAAGAAAUCAAUAUCAAAUUUCGCAAAUAAAUCGAAUCGACGUCUUGACCAACUAUCAUCAUCUACAGAGAAUCUUCCAAAUCAAAUGCAUGCAAAGAACGCACCUCCAUGCAUCAUCCGCCCAACCGGUCUCCCAGCCGACUGUCUUUAUGAAGUGUUCCAACACAUAGAACACGACAGACAAACACUUUACUCGUGUAUAUUGGUCAAUAGACUGUGGUGUGAGAGUGCAAUCGAAUCGUUCUGGAAGAAUCCAUUCAGGUUCGGACUGAAUUCAAGUAUUAUUAAUACUUACACCAUGUGUCUAGGGGAAGAUGAGAAAACUUCCUUGGUAGACGAGGGAGUCAUACUGCCAAAUUGCGAGAAAGGGCCCACUUUUAACUAUGCAGACAUACUACAGCAUAUAAGCUUAAAGAAAAUUUAUGCAGCUGUAGAUUUAUGGUUACAACGGACGCAGAAUUUCAUGUCUCUAACAAAAGAUCACGACUUGAAUGUCCUCAUUUGCAGUUUGCUCAGCAACCAUUUCUGGGCACACUGCGAUCUAAUCUGUUCCCUCUCACUCGAUUGGGAAUACAUCGAACGAUCGGAGAAUCAUUUAUCAUUUUUUAACAACCAACGCACAAACUCGCGUCUCAACGAAUUACGGGAAUUAUCUAUCCAUGAAAUAGUCGACUGGGAUGCAUGUCGUCUUCUUGCUCGUUCAACAACCAAUAUACGGAAAUUACAAAUAAUAGAUUAUGCACUCAAGGAUGAAGUUGGAGAAAAAGAGUAUGAGGUGCUUGCAACGUUAAUCGGCAGACAGACUACAUUAAAACAUUUGAAAUUUUUUGCCUAUGGGCAAUGUCCUCUGCCCGCUCUAUUGUCGAUCGAAAGUCAGAUAAAGUCUCUGGUACAUGUGGAAUUGAUACAUUGGAACUUUCCUCCCGAGACGCCCGAGAACACGUUUGCGGGGUUAGCAAGGUGCCAUGCUCUUGAGAUAUUAAUCAUUAAAAAUUGCCGAUUUCCGAACGAUCAAAUACUGGCACCUCUUGCUUCGGCAUCGUAUCCCAAACUGCGUAAAUUAUGGUUCAAAGGGCUUUUCUCUAAUGAAUAUUCGACGUUUGACUCUAUCAUUCGUAUCAACUCGACAUCCCUUCGCCAUAUACUAUAUGAAGACGAUGCAAAUACACCUGAUUUCGACCAUCCGCCUUUGGAAACAAUGGCUGACUAUUGCCCACAUGUUAGGACAUUGGGGAUACCAUAUCGUAACGGCCAUGAAGAUCACUUGAUCGAUUUUUUGAACAAGUCGACUCAUUUGAAGAGCUUAAAGCUAUUUGGUCCAUACGGGGAUGAAAGAGAAUUUGUAGAGAGGUUGUUCGAGUUGGCUCCGCUAUUUCCGCAAACAUUACGGCAUUUGAACUUGGAUAUCGAAUGGCUGACACCGGAAAAUUUGAAAGAAUUCUUGGGUAGAGUGACAGCACCUUUGAGCAUUUUCUACAUAUCUGGAUGGAAGUUUUAUUUUAAUAGGGAUAUUUUCGAUAUAAUAUAUGAAUGUAUACGCUGUGAUAAAGUUAUCGGAGAUGUUAUGGUUGAGAUAUUUAAUUAA